AGAAAACACUUAACUGUAAAACAAGCUUUGUCACAGUGGGAAGUAAUGCCAGCAAAGAAAAAUGUACUCGACCCGAUACAAUCUGGAAAACGCAACACAGUGUUAUUUUCCAUGAACGAAUAUUACCACCUGAUUGAUAAAUCUGCCUCGCGAGGAAUGACGUCCUCCUACAACUUAAGCAAGGUAUGGCCGAUCGGUGAGCGCGGUGUAUCUAUAGACUCCAUAAAGUAAACGAGGAUCGGAAAUUCAUGCGCACAUGUAAGAUGUUUAACAUGUGCUUGCCAAAAACACGCUUUUCCAACGAUGCAUCAUCUCUCGGCUUACCGACCGCGAUCUCAUCAAUCAGUAACAAGUCCGCAGUGUUCUUAUUGUUCUCGGGCGAAGCAUUGCAAUCGACCAAUGGAUGAUUCUCCAUUCGAGAGGAAACCACGUCGGAUCAACACACUGACCGGAUCUUGGCUGGACAACAGUGUGGCAGUGCAGCAAAGUCGCAACCGGAUGGGAACGUAUGAGGACGAUUGCGAAGAAGAGCAGGACGAAGUGCUGACAAAACGUGGCUCCUGGACGGGGCGGUUCGAUUUCUUGCUCUCGCUCCUGGGGUACUCAGUUGGGCUGGGCAAUGUGUGGCGAUUUCCAUAUUUGUGCUACAACAAUGGAGGAGGCGCCUUUCUCAUUCCGUUCACCAUUAUGUUGGUGAUUGCUGGGCUCCCGCUGAUGUUCAUGGAGCUUUCGAUAGCGCAAUACGCGGGUCUAGGACCAGCCGUACUAUUCCGAAGAUUUUCACCGUUAUUUCAGGGCGUAGGUGUUGGCAUGGUAUUAAUUGCCGGAAUCGUCAUGCUGUACUACAAUGUCAUCCUGGCGUGGACCUUGUAUUACAUGCUGGCCUCGUUCGAAGAACCUCUGCCUUGGAAAGGGUGCAAUCAUCCAUGGAGCAGUAGCUAUUGCUACUCGUACGAGGAAGAGAAUCGAUGCGUUAGCAGCAACGGAACGUACUACAUGACGAAGUGCUAUGCGAACGCGAACUUGAUCGCAAACUUCACCAAGGUUCCGAAGAAACCUCCAGCGGAGGAUUUUUUCAAAAACUACGUGCUACGAAUUUCUCCAGGAAUCGAGACGACCGGCAACAUAAGUGUAACGUUAGCCCUAUCCCUACUAGGAGCAUGGCUGAUCGUGUUCCUGUGCUUGUGCCGAGGCGUUAAAUCUUCCGGAAAGGUCGUCUACUUCACGGCCUUGUUCCCGUACGUGGUGUUGGUAAUGCUAUUCGUUCGAGGAAUUACCCUUCCCGGAUCGUACAACGGAAUCAUGUACUAUUUGGAACCGGAUUGGGACAAACUGAAAAGUGCACAAAUCUGGGGCGAUGCGGCUGUCCAGAUAUUCUUCGCCCUAAGUCCGGCCUGGGGAGGCCUGCUGACCCUCGCAUCGUACAACAAGUUUUCGAACAAUUGCUAUCGGGAUGCAAUAAUCGUAGCCAUUUCCAACAUACUUACGUCGUUCUUUGCUGGAUUUGUGAUAUUUUCUAUCUUGGGCUUCUUGGCGCAUGAAUUGGAUACCGAUUUGGAAAGCGUGCUAGAUAAGGGAGCAGGAUUGGCGUUUGUCGUCUUUCCGGAAAUGGUGACCAAGCUGCAGAUGCCCAUGUUCUGGUCGGUGCUGUUCUUCUUUAUGCUUCUGACGCUGGGCCUAGAUUCUCAGUUCACGCUUAUGGAGACAGUUGUGACAGGGAUUUUGGACACAUUCCCUAAGUUGAGGCAAUGGAAGAUGCGGGUCGUGUUUGGAGUGGCCGUCGCCGGGUACAUUGGAGGACUGGUGUUCAUCACGAAUAGUGGUAUGUAUUGGUUCCAACUGGUUGAUAAGUAUGCCGCCAACUGGUCCGUAUUGCUGAUUGCCAUCAUCGAGUGCAUCCUGAUCGCGUGGAUCUAUGGUUCGGAAAGAUUCAUCGGUAACAUUGAGGAAAUGAUUGGGAAACGAUCGUUGUGUUUCCACUACUUUUGGACCAUGGCUUGGAAAUUUGUUACACCCAUCACGUUAUUGUUCAUCUUAUGCUUCAACUGGAUCCAAUACAAGCCCGUGUCCUACGGGAAGUACGUUUAUCCGGAUUGGGCGGAUAUUGUCGGCUGGAUCAUUGGAUUGCUACCCAUGAUGGUAAUAGUCGUAACGGCUCUAUACAAGAUAGUUUCCGACACAUCUGUACAAUCCACCGUGCAGAUCAUAGGAAACCUUUUGAAGCCGACAGUCGAAUGGAAACCGUCAAGAUCUCCGCUUUAUCGCUUCGAGUACGAUGGUAAUGGCAUUGAGAUAUAAGAAAGUUCCUUACAGAUGAUCAAAUAAAGAUUAAUUGGUGGCGCGUAGACGUAAGUACAUA